AUGUGGAAUUUCACAGCCUUCCCAGAGUGGAACAGGAACAAGAAUGCAACCUUCUCCCAGUAUUAUCAGCAUUCGCUGGCAGUGGCGGCUAGCUACAUUCUUUCCUACCUGUUUAUCUUCAUCCUCUGUAUGAUUGGCAAUGGCCUUGUUUGUCUCAUUGUUCUGAAAAAUAAGCGCAUGAGAACCGUGACCAACCUGUUUAUCUUAAACCUGGCAAUCAGUGACCUGCUGGUGGGGAUCUUCUGUGUUCCCACCACCCUUGUCGAUAACCUGAUUACAGCAGGGUGGCCAUUUAGCAAUGCUGUGUGCAAGAUGAGUGGCCUGGUUCAAGGAAUGUCAGUCUCUGCCUCCGUCUUUACCCUGGUGGCCAUUGCUGUCGACAGAUUCCGUUGCAUUGUGUACCCAUUCAAGCCUAAGCUGACUUUACCAGAAGCGGUCAUCACGAUUGUAAUCAUUUGGGUGCUGGCGGUGGCUAUCAUGUGUCCCUCUGCGGUUAUGCUCAUGGUGAGCCAGAUGGAGGACCACUAUAUCAUUUAUGACAGCGACUACAACCAGACCUUCCCGAUGUACUCCUGCUAUGAAGACUGGCCCGAUACAGAAAUGCGUAAAAUCUAUACCACUGUCCUAUUUGCACACAUCUAUCUGGCGCCCCUGACUCUGAUCACACUAAUGUAUAGCCGGAUUGGGGUCAAACUGUACUCUUCAUCUAUGCCCGUGAGCGAGCACACAGCUGUGAAUAGCAAUCAUCCUGAAGGAAGGAAUGUGGUCUCCAGGAAGAAGAUAAAGAUUAUCAAGAUGCUGAUUGUUGUGGCGCUUCUCUUCAUGGUCUCCUGGCUACCCUUGUGGACGCUCAUGCUGCUCACAGAUUAUGCCAACUUGAGCACUGACCAGCUUAACCUGAUGACCAGUUAUAUCUUCCCUUUUGCCCACUGGCUGGCAUUUUCCAACAGCAGCAUUAAUCCUAUCAUCUACGGUUACUUCAAUGAAAAUUUCAAAAGGGGGUUCCAAGCUGCCUUCAAAUUUCAGUGCUGCUAUGAAGAGAUGGACCAUCAAGAGACCUACGGUGAGAAGAAUAGGGUCAGCACCGGGAAUGUGGGCAGUUUUGGGGUAAGGAAUAAAGUCUACACAGAUGGGGACUCCUCCAAUAGCACCAUUCAGAAGAAAGAUAAAAGGAACAUCUCAGGAGACAGAGCUGUAUUGACAAACAGACAUGGGCUCAACAUUGAGGACAUUGACCACAUUGAGCCUCUGGCCACUGGGGUCUGCCAGGCAUGGGAAGUGUAG